AAUUUCAAGAAUGGGGAAACCUUCCAGGUAGAACAAAGGAUCUGAGUUCAGACGUCAAGGAAAAGUUUGCAAAACUAUGUGAGGCGCAUGGAAUCACUAGGGACAAUAUCAUUGACCUAACCAAGACUGGCUAGAGUGUUUUGGAAGGAGGCACCCUCAAGUGAGAAAAUGCCUCUAGGAAACUGAUUCGGGAGGACCCACCUCACUAUGGAUGUACCACCCUGGGCAGGGUGUUCUGAGGUAUAUAAGAAGGCAGGCUCACAAUGCACAGGGAACGAGCCAGGAAGCCAUGUUCUCCUAAGGCCUCUGCUUUAGUCCCUGCCUCCAAGUUCUCUCAUAGAGUCCCCCCACCACACACACACACACACACACACACACACACACACACACACACACACACACACAAAACACACACACACACAACUUCCCUUCAUGAUAGACUGUAAGCUAAAAUAAACCCUUUCCUCCUCAAGUUGCUUUUGGUCAUGAUAUUAAUCGCAAUAACUCUAAAUUGUAUCUAUAUAAGGAUACAGAAUACCAAUGUGUUCUUAACACCUCACAUUCUCUGAACACCAUGUACUUUCUCUAUAGACAUCCCUCUAAUUCCAGCUAUCGAGAGUAAGCUUACAUGAUCUCUUGCCAACAUUUUCCAGUAACUUCCUUCAUGAUCUCCUGCCUAAAGGUUCUCAACCUUCCUGAUGCUAUGACCCUUUAAUACAGUUCCUCAUGAUAUGGUGGCCUCCAACCAUAAACUUAUUUCCUUGCUGCUUCAUAAAUGUCAUUUUGCUGCUUUUAUUAAUUGAAAUGUAAAUAUCUGAUAUGCAGGAUAUAGGACAUGUGACCCAGGUGGGGGUCACAACCCAAACAUUGAGAACCCAUGUAGGGUCUCGAUCCACACGUUUGAGAACCACUGAUAGCAACUUUUUUCUCUCUUCUCCUGCCUUCCUGUUGGUCUUUGUUAUCCAAAUGCAGCCAGAUGAACUUUGAAAGCACACCUCUGACCAUGUUCCGACUGUAAUUCUAAAAUGCUUCAGGUCCUUCCCAGAUACAUGAAAACCAACCCCUAUCAAGCUCCUCACGGGCCCACAUAAGCUGAUCCGGGAUAAGAGUGCCCACAAAAAAUACAUACAUUGGAAGCUUUACCCAUAGUGCCUGAGGGUGUGAUUUGGUGUAAUUAUGGUAAGAUGAGGUCUUCAGGGUGAACCUAAGUCAAGAUGACUGACAAGUGUCCUCAAAAGAAAAGACUAGGAUACAAGAUGGGUCAGAGAAGAGACUUCCUGAAGACCCGGGAACACGAUUCCACCAAUGAGGAAGAGCUCACAAGAAGCAAGCCCCAUCGAACACCUUGCUCCCAGAGUUCUAGCUGCCAGAAAGGAGAAAGUAUAAUUUUUUUAUGUUUUUCUUUAUUCAUUUUAUGUACAUGAGUACACUGUACGUAUGAGACACACCAGAAGAGGGCAUCGGAUCCCACUACAGAUGGUUGUGAGCCACCAUAUGGUUGCUGGGAAUUGAACUCAUGACCUCUGGAAGAGUAGUCAGUGCUCUUAACCGCUGAGCCAUCUCUCCAGCCCCGAAAGUCUAAUUUUUGACUAUGCUGAUUUCAACCUUCGUGAUGUAGGCACCUCUUGCUUCUGUCUUCCUUUUAUUCUUCUUUCUUCAUUACUCAUACUGCAUGAGUUCGAGAGGGCAGCCCAUGCAAACUGACACAACUCCCUUUCUAGCCUUGACUCAUUUCGUAAUUCCUGUGUUCACUGUGUUCUAGCAAGGUUUCCUUUGGCUCUCUGAACUAUUUGUACUCUUGUUUGCCAUGGCCUUCACGUAUGUAUCCAUUCUCCCCACACUCUAGAAGGCCCUCUGCCUAGUUCCUGUUAGUCUGGUGAAUUCUCUUGUGCUUAAAACAAUAGAUUAUUUUAUGUGUAUGAAUGUUUUGCUUGCAUGUAUGUCUGUGCAGUACAUGCAUGCAGUGCCCACAUAGGGUGUCGGAUCCCUGGAACUAGACUUAUGGAUUCCUGUGGGUGCUGGGAAUUUAACCGGGAGUCAUCUCUCCAGUCUCUCCCUCUUCUGGUAUCAUCCUGCUUUCCCUCCAUCAGCCAUUGGUGACUGAAGGCUAACACUGCCAAGGCGCUGACCGGUCUGAGCAUGCAGUAGUGUGGACGCAUGGUUCCUGGCCUCAGUUCCCCUGAGUUAAAUAUCUUUGUAUUGCAAUGUUCCUGUGACAGAUACCUAAUUGGGCAGAGGACUCGAGACCUGUGAGGAAAGACUACUCAUGGAUAGAAGAAUGAAAUCCCAGACAUCAUGAUGCAGUAUAGCUUAGAGUCCACCCCCAACCUUGAAGAAAAGACUGCUUGUUUGUGAGGAGUGUGAAUAGCUAGCCGUCCCAACUGUUAACUGCUUCAGACUCCCUUGUCUUCGAGCUGAUAUGGUGGUCUCUUUGAGGUGCACAUCCCCCCACCCCCCAUGAUCGAGAAAAACUGUGGCAUAGCAUUUCUGCCUAACACAGGAUAACUUCCCUUCCUUGAUUCUGCUGUCUCCUAGCUCCCUUCGUCCUUCACGAGUUCCUGGCCAGUAAUUUCUUUGUCCCAAAAGUUUGUUUCUGCCUGUUUUCUGGGGACCGCUCUAGGUUUUGGGAGUUAAGCAGGUGGAUUCCAGUGACUCCAAGCAUCCUCUGACACUGACAGAAGCAGGUGCUUUAGAACUGAUGUUGAGCUGGGGUCAGCAGUCCUAUCUGUCACUCUGCUGGAGGGACUACAGAAUAUUUCCUCUCUGGGACAUGAAUCAAAUAAGCCCGAGUUCAUUGAUGUUCUUUUUGGCCCCAAACACCCUGGCACCAUGUAAGUGACUCGAAUGUUUCCGCAGGCUUUCUGAAUGGUUUAUUUAUUCAAUUAGUUGAGGGUAAGACUCAGGUAAAGGUCAUUAAAUCAUUUUCCUAUUAGUCAGUUUCAGAAAUGCUAGCUAGUUACAAAUGAGCCAUUAGCUGUUACACGUACACACCUUAAACCUCUUAUACACAUACUUUGUCUAGCCAUUUCUUAACAGCCUCAGUGCUUCAGUCACAUGAACAGCCCACAUGUACUGAGGAGUGUUAAGUGGAAGGGACUGGCUCUUGCCUUCUGCUGGGGAAGCAUCUUCUCGUUCAUUACUAGAAAAGCAGUAAUCUAUAGCCAGACAUGGUGCUACAACCUGUAAUCUUAGCAUUCAGGAAGCUGGAGCUGGGGGAGUGCCACAGAUUCAAGACCAUUCAGAAACUCAGGAAGCUCAAGGCAAGCCUCUAUGUGAGUUGCUGGGAAGACAGAUCAGUGGAGAAGUACUGGCUGUGAGGGCUGUGCAGGCUCCCAGCAAGGUCAGAGCUGAUGCUCAGAACUCACAUUAAAAAGCUGGUCAUGGCUGCCUUUAACCCCACCACUAGGUAGAUGGUGGAGACUGGAGGAUUGGUGGGACUUACUGGCCAGCCAGCCUAUCUGAAACACACUAAGUCCCAGAUUCAGAGGGAGACCCUGUCUGAAGGGGAUAAAGUAAAAGGAGACAGAGGGAGACAAUUGGCACCCUGUUCUGACUCCUGCGUAUCCUAGCAAAGGCACAGGCGUGUGCACAUGUGUGCACAUGUGUGCACACACACCAUAGCAUAAUCAACCAAAAAAAGAAGAGGAGGGGAGAGGAGCAGGAGAAAGAGGAAGAGGAGAAAAGAAAAAUGUUAAUCCCCUAGUCAAGCAUUUACCAAAUACUUGUAGACCAAGAGGGGCCAGUAGUCAUGUCUCAUUCAAUCUCAAGCUACAUCCACUCCUCCAUAUUUUAAAGAAACCCACGUGCAGUUUCAGUCUGAUGUGUCUGGAGCUCUGCAGUGCUGUUUAUUCCUCUUUCUCCUAUUUAACCAUCCUCCCUUCAGGUAAAACCAUCCCAACCUGUGUAGUGGAGUUAAUAAGAACAAAGGCUCCUGAGUCAGAUGGACAGGCUUGGGUUUAAAUCUAAGUUCUCUUGCUGACUGGCUGUAUGGCCUUGUAAGUUACUUGAUCUUUCUGAGUCUUAGCUAACACUAUGGAAAGAUGAAAAUAAAUAGUACAUACUAUAGAGAGUUGAUGCAAAGUGGAAAUAAAACCUAAUGAGGACUUGCCUCCUUCUUGAAUUCUUUAUUUCCCCACAUCAAACACUAUUUUAUGUUUCUAGUUCCAGGGUAAAUACAAUUUAUAUGGAUACAAAAAAUAUUUAUAGCUGUGUGUCUUUGUAAGCAGACUCGACAUCAUUUCUACUUGGACCUCCAUCAGCAAAUUUGACUUUGAACAAUACCUUUGUUUUCUUUAAUGAUGAGAUUAUUUCCAGUCAGUUAAAGUCCAACGUUCUCUGAGGUAAACAGCUGAAGGUGUUUAUCUUACCAAGUUAGCAGUUUGCAUUCUGAGGUCAAGCUUUUGGGGUGCGUUGGGAUGGGGGGGCUGUCAGCUCAGCUUCAGAAGACCCUUCCUGAUAAUCUUUUUAAAUUAUGAUUUAUUAUUUUUAUGCAUAUGUGCCUGAAUGAGUGAGUUCAUAUGUACCACAUGUGUACAGGAGAUCACAGGGGCCAAAAGAGGGUCAUUUCCUGUGACUGGAGCUAGAGUCAGUUGUUAGAUGCCAUGUGAGUGCUAGGAAUUGAACCUGGGUCCUCAGCAAGAAAAGGUUUCAAAGAAUCUGUCUCCUUCUUUUGACCUCCUUCUGACUUUCUUGGCCCCAGGUGUGUGCAUGGUACACAUGCAAAACCAAUGCUCAUACGCAUGAAAUUUGAAUGAAUCUUUUCAAAGAAAACCCAAGUAAUUCAGCUUCUUCCACACUCCACUCAAGUCUUGAAGCAAAGAUACUCUUCAUGCUUGACCUUCCAGUUCAGUACCCGCCCACUCCAUUACUGGCUUUCUGAUUCCAAGUCAGAUCCAAAGGUGCCUCUGGAUCUAGAUGGCCCUCUAGAACACCCACUGUUUUUCUUGGGAAUAUGUUUUGUGAAAUGUAUGAGUGAGAAAAUCAAUCCCUAGGAGAUGAGGUUGCCAAGUUUGAAAAGGGCAGGAACAAUCCUUGGCUUCACAUCAGUACAUGAGAAAACAUUCCACAAAGCCUGAGGUAAGGAGGCCCACAUGAGAAGGAAAAAAAAACACCACUCGAACCCAGAGAGAGUAUAAAGAUGAGCAAAGUCCUUGAGGUGGAGUGUGGGCACCAUCAGCAGAGGGAUUGUCCCGACAGAGAGGCAAUUCUAUUCCCUACCAACAUGAAGCUGUUGCUGCUGCUGCUGCGUCUGGGCCUGAACCUGGUCUGUGGCCAUGCAGAAGAAGCUAGUUUCGAGAGAGGGAACCUCGAUGUGGACAAGCUCAAUGGGGAUUGGUUUUCUAUUGUCGUGGCCUCUAACAAAAGAGAGAAGAUAGAAGAGAAUGGCAGCAUGAGAGUUUUUAUGCAGCACAUCGAUGUCUUGGAGAAUUUCUUAGGCUUCAAGUUCCGUAUUAAGGUAAAUGGAGAGUGCAGGGAACUAUAUAUGGUUGCCUACAGAACACCAAAAGAUGGCGAAUAUUUUGUUGAGUUUGACGGAGGGAAUACAGUUAAUAUACUUAAGACAGACUAUUACAAAUAUCUCAUCUUACAAAUCAUUAAUUACAAGAACGGGAGAACUUACCUGGUGACGAAGCUCUGGGAUCGCUGUCUCCAGGCCUGAGGUUGAAGAAAGGCCUGAGCCUCCAGGUGGGCAAUCUCCAGUGAGAGCAAGGAGGGGGUGGGCAUGGACCAGGCCUUCCAAAAGCGUUAGUAUUGUGCCCCCAAAUUAUUAUAAGAAUAAUUUGGUAAGGAGUGUUUGAGGAGAGCUUGAAAAAUGGCUUUGACUUAUGUGGAUUUGUGACUAUCUGGUCCUAUUUUGAGCGCUAAAGUAAAGUGACCUAAGCACUUAGGCAAGAAAACAAGGGAGUGAGUUUUCCAUAGUUGCUGCACAGUUGUGUAAAAAGGGCUCAGCGAUGUGUUAAGUGUCAUUAAGAGUUAAAGUUUGAAACAGAGAGUAGCAGGAUGUGAGUAUGACUGCUCUUCAGAGACUGCGGUCCCACUCCAUUCCACUCUGCACAAUACGAUCUUCAUCUGAACUCCGUACAACCUUGGCUUCUUACCUGGAAGUGGCGUUGCAUGAUCUCCACUUCUCCUCCAUUCUGGAGAGCAGACUCCUUUGACCCCUCUUUCCCAUUUCCCAAGACUUCACUCAGAUAAUGUAUGAAAGUCUUUAAAAAUGGCCAAGGCUUUCACCAUUAUUCCUCAAGGCAAUGUCCAUUCUUCAGAGCUUCUUAUGCCAAAGGUUGUGGAAACAAACCUCAGACCUUUUGUUACUUCAUUUUUCAUAUGCCAUCCAUAAGGAAAGAGUCAUUUAUUCUAUGCCUUUAAUCCCUGUUUUCUGGCAAAUAAUAUUGAUUAGAUUGCAGGGCAAGAUCUAUUUCUUCAUCCUUUGUUCUAUACAAUAGAGUGCCUCUCUGUCCAGAAGUCAAUCCAAGACGUGCGUAAUGGGUUCCUGUAUUCUUUCUUCCUGGAUUACUCAGUGCUGAGUGGAGACUUCUCACCAGGAUUCCAGCAUCACCAUUUCCUGUCCAUGGAGCAUCCUUAGACAAAUUCUGCGAUCUGAUUUCCAUCUUGUGUCACAGAAAAGUGCAAUCCCGGUCUCUCCAGUAUCUUCCCUAGUUAGCCAGGACAACACAUCGAGAAUUAAAAGCUUUCUUAAAUUUCUCUUUGCCCCACCCAUGAUCAUUCCGCACAAAUUUCUUGCUCUUGCAGUUCAAUAAAUGAUUACCCUUGCACUUAAA